AACAGCAAGCGAAAGCUUGAUUUGCUUUGCUUGCUUGUUUGUUCGUUCUUAAUCGAAUAUGGAUUCCAUGGAUCCUGCUCGUGUUUUCGUCAAGGACGUUAAGCGUAUUAUCGUCAAGGUUGGAACAGCAGUUGUUACCCGAGGUGAUGGAAGACUAGCUUUGGGUAGAUUAGGAGCUCUUUGUGAGCAGAUUAAAGAACUGAACAGUCAAGGCUUUGAGGUUAUUUUGGUGACUUCAGGUGCAGUUGGUGUGGGACGUCAAAGGCUUAGAUACAGGAAAUUAGUCAACAGCAGCUUUGCUGAUCUCCAAAAACCACAAGUUGAACUUGAUGGAAAGGCAUGUGCAGCAGUUGGUCAGAGUGGUCUCAUGGCUCUUUAUGAUGUAUUGUUUAGUCAGCUGGACGUGUCAUCAUCUCAGCUUCUUGUGACUGAUAAUGAUUUUAGGGAUCCAGAUUUCAGAUUGCAGAUUUCUGAAACAGUGAAAUCAUUGUUAAAUCUGAGGGUUAUACCUAUUUUUAAUGAAAAUGAUGCAAUCAGUACCAGGAGAGCUCCAUAUGAGGAUUCUUCUGGUAUAUUUUGGGACAAUGACAGUUUAGCUGCUCUUUUGGCUUUGGAGCUGAAAGCUGACCUCCUUGUCUUAUUGAGUGAUGUGGAUGGCCUAUAUAGUGGGCCUCCUAGUGAUCCAAAUUCAAGGUUAAUCCACACUUACAUAAAGGAAACGCAUCAACCAGAAAUCACAUUUGGGGACAAGUCUAGGGUAGGAAGAGGCGGGAUGACCGCAAAAGUAAAAGCUGCUGUCUAUGCAGCUUAUGCUGGCAUCCCUGUUGUCAUUACGAGUGGCUUUGUUCCUGACAACAUCAUAAGAGUACUUAAAGGAGAACGUGUUGGUACACUUUUUCAUCAAGAUGCACAUUUGUGGGCUUCACUCAAAGAUAUGGGUGCACGUGAGAUGGCAGUUGCGGCAAGAGAAAGUUCCAGAAGGCUUCAGAGCCUGUCUUCAGAAGAUAGAAGGAAAAUUUUGCUGGACAUUGCUGAUGCUCUAGAGGCAAACGAAAACUUGAUCAAAGUUGAGAAUGAAGCUGAUGUUGCUGAAGCACAGCAGGAUGGCUAUGAGAAAUCAUUGAUAUCUCGUUUGACUCUGAAGCCCGGGAAGAUCUCAAGCCUGGCAAAAUCAAUUCGUGUACUUGCUGACAUGGAAGAACCAAUUGGUCAUGUUUUGAAGAGAACAGAGCUUGCAGAUGGGCUCAUCUUGGAGAAGACAUCAUGUCCAUUGGGUGUUCUUUUGAUUGUUUUUGAGUCUCGGCCUGAAGCUCUUGCUCAGAUAGCUUCCUUAGCUAUUCGGAGUGGGAAUGGACUUCUUCUUAAAGGAGGGAAAGAAGCAAAGCGAUCAAAUGCAAUCUUGCACAAGGUUAUUACUGGAGCCAUCCCAGAUUCUGUUGGUGAAAAACUUAUCGGGCUUGUAACUUCAAGAGAUGAGAUUCCUGAUUUGCUAAAGCUUGAUGAUGUCAUCGAUCUUGUUAUCCCAAGAGGCAGCAAUAAACUUGUCACCCAAAUCAAGAAUUCUACGAAAAUUCCUGUCCUUGGUCAUUCUGAUGGAAUUUGCCAUGUUUAUGUUGAUAAAGAAGCGAAUAUGGAUAUGGCGAAGAAAAUUGUUUUGGAUGCAAAGAUAGAUUAUCCUGCAGCCUGUAAUGCUAUGGAAACUCUUCUUGUGCACAAAGAUUUGGUGGUGAAUGGUGGGCUUAAUGAUCUCAUGGUAGAGCUCAGCAGUGAAGGUGUUACUCUAUAUGGUGGGCCUAGAGCGAGUUCCCUGUUGAAUAUUAAAGAGGCACAGUCAUUUCAUCAUGAGUACAACUCAUUGGCUUGUAGUAUUGAAAUUGUGGAAGAUGUGGAUGAAGCCAUUGACCAUAUACAUCGUCAUGGAAGUGCACAUACAGAAUGCAUAAUUACAGAAGAUUGUCAAGUUGCAGAAAUCUUCCUACGGCAGGUUGACAGUGCUGCAGUCUUUCACAACGCUAGCACAAGAUUUUGUGACGGAGCUCGUUUUGGACUCGGGGCAGAGGUUGGGAUAAGUACAAGCAGAAUUCAUGCUCGAGGACCAGUUGGGGUUGAGGGACUAUUGACAACUCGAUGGAUUCUGCGAGGAAAUGGACAAGUGGUGGAUGGCGAUAAAGGGGUCAUCUACACACACAAGGAUCUCAGUCUACAGUCCUAAAUGUUUGUUGAUGGGAAUUGCUCUGCCAAAGCUUUACCACUCGAUCACCAUCUUGUGAAGUUAUUGUUGUAACAUGCAUGCCUCUUAUUGGUUAUCUUUGUUUAAUAAAUUCUACUUAUUGGUGUGCACAGUUAAGAAAGAUAAGAGUGGUUAAGAAAAAGUGGAGACACCAAAGGAUGAAAUUUCUUCUCAAUAUUGUCUGGAGAGAUAUAAUAGUUUCUUCCUCUGUGCUGUGUUCUUUCUAGUCCAGUUUUUGAGCAUAUGCUUGAGAUCUAAUUUGGUAACUUGGAAAAGACAAUUAGUUGCAUUGAAUUAGAUAAUGGUUUCCUAGGAGUUGAAUAUGCUGGGAGAUGAGCCCAUAUGAUCUUAUCUCUCUUGCACAUGUUAGUGAUGGUUACUUGUGGUACUUUGGAUUUCGUUAGA